AUGGGGUACGCGAGUUUAGAUGCAUCACUUUCGUUUCCUGAUGAUAAUCUUCUACCGAGUAAAAGAUCGAUCUUAAUAACGGAUACCCUUUCAGCUUCAGGAAAUUUUCUCAUUCACCAUUUCAUAGUUAAUCAAGUAAAAUCCGAUAAACAUGUAGUACUAGUUGGCCUUUCUCAAAUUUUUAAUCACUACUUAACAAUUGGUCGUAAAUUGGGAGUAAAUUUAACUCUCGCCACUCAAAAAGGCGCAUUUUCUUUUAUAGAUGGAUUAACUUCAUUAUAUUCACAAACAGAUGGUUUUUCAAAAUCCACUUCUACAACGAUAACGAAACCAACGGCCGUGUUAACUUGUUCAACUAGAACCAGUUCAAUGUCAACUUCGCCAAUUUCAAAAGAAUUAUUACAAAACUUUUAUAAAGUGAUUAAACAAACGAUUGUAGCUCGUCAUUCAUCAAUUGAUGAUACACGCGUAUGUUUGAUUUUUGAUGAUUUAUCAAUCUUGUUAUAUGUAGGAUUUAAUGUGAGGGAUAUAUUAGAAUUCGUUAAAGCUUGUCGUAUGUUGAUCGAAAAGUAUAAUGGGUCAUUAAUAAUUUUGAUUCACGCGGAUGAGGAUGUAUCACCAUCCUCAAUUGAUGAUGAGUUGGAUCAAGAGAUUUUUUUAAAGUCUUUGAUAUAUCAAUCGGAAUAUUUAUUAUCAGUUCGUGGAUUAGGAUCCGGUUUUUCAAGAGAUGUAUCAGGCGAAAUUACGAUGGCUCGUGGACCAAAAAAUCAGGAUAAAUGGUUUAGACCUUCAACAUUACAUUAUAAAGCAUUAGAUAAUAAUGUUCAAUUUUUUGCAAAAGGAUUUUCACAGGGUGUACUGUGA